UGGGGCCUUAGGCGGGGCCCCGGCUCAGUUUACCUGAACGUAAGAGGUCUUACCUUCCCUCACCAACCCUCAGACGGAGAGCUGGUUCCAGGCCGCAAUGAUUUCUACCAAGCCACCCAGGGCCUAGGUUCCCGGACUCGUCUGCUUAGUAUCUUCGUGGCCCGGAAUCGAGUCUUUCACCCAUGCCUCAAUUUCCUUAUCCGUCACGUGAUUAGGGUUGGGCCAGAUCAGGGGUUCUUAAUUCUGUGUGUGUCGUGGACCUUUUUGGCUCCUGGUAGAGCCAAUGACUCUUUCUUUGAAUAACAUUUUUAAAUUACUUAAGAAAAGACCUUAGUCUUUUUCAGCUCGAGGUUAGCGAAAAGAGAGAUGUCAUUCCCCCCCACCCCACUUAGGGAGCUUGCUUCCAUCUUGGAUCCUGAGAGUCGACCAUCGCCAGUUUGACACCUUCAGAGCUGUCCUAUAAGGGCCCGACUCACCACUAGGGCAUUGUCUAGCAGGGCAGUGUUUGCACGAUUUCCCUGGGUGGUAGGGUCUCUAGGGGUCACAGCACUGGGAGGUAUGGCGGGCAAAGGCUUGUUGGAGGGGUAGGGGCUCUCUAGCGCCUACCUCCAGCCCGAGGUGGCACUGAGGAAAGGCCCGGGCCCUGCUCACCCACGGAUACAGAUGUCUUAAUAUCUAGACAGAUCAUUAUCAAACUCGAUGAUUACAAAAUUCAUGUUUGUUUACUCUUCAAAAAACUUUUUUUAACAAUUUUUUUUUUAAUGUUUUGCAUGACUUCACAAUGGAUAUGGUAUUUCUUGCCUAUUCAAUGUGAUAAGGAGGGGCUGCAGAGAGAGAAUUUAGAACUGAAAAUUAAAAAAUGAAAAAUUAUAUGUAAUAAUAAUUUUAAAAGGUACUUUUUGGCCCAAAGGAUUCCAAACAAUUUUACCUCUUCUCCAAAAUUAUGUAGCUAUUUACCACGCACCCUACAAAAAAGAUACUUAAGUUUUGAAGAGGAAACAGUUUUUAUUUCAAGAUUUAAAGUGGAAGGUAGAAGUGUGCAAAAGUGGGAGAAAUAGGGAGAGGUAUGGGGAAGCAGGAAAAAUAAAAGAGAGCAUGGAACUUAUGGUUUGGAUUUUUUGUUGUUGUUCUAGUUGCCUUAUUUUCUCUCUUUUCUCAGUCCAAGAUCCAUCAUGGGUUCUUCCUCUCACCGCCGUAGGCGUGAGCAUCGUUUUCGAAGAUAUCUGAAAGCAGGACGACUGAGCAAAGCUCAAUCCCUCUUUCAACGCCACCCACAGCUGGAUAUAGAUGCUGGAAGGCCACCACCACUCCACCGAGCCUGUGCCCACCGUGAUGCCCCUGCCCUUCGACUCCUACUCCACCUUGGGGCUGACCCCACUCGACAGGACUGCCAUGGGAAUACUGCUCUGCAUGCUGCUGCUCGACUGGGUCCUAGGGCCUACAAGGACUUCUUCCUGCCUCUGAUGACACAAUGUCCUACUGCCAUGAAGAUGAAGAACAAACAAGGGGAGACCCCUGGGGAACUUCUGGGCUGGGAAACCCCCCCAGACCCCUCUGUAGAAGUGGAGGAAGAAGAGGAAGAAGCUUACAGAGAGAGAAAAUGGAGACAAAAGCUUCAGGAGGAGCAAGAGGAUGAAUGGCAGGAGAUGAUGGGGAGGUUUGAAGGUGAUGAAGAUGCCACCUUAAACAUCCCAGAGCCUGAGUCCUUCUCUGCCUGGAUUGAACGCCUGGCCCGAGAAUAUGCCCAGAAACGACGACAGAAACAAGCAACAGAGAGGGCCCAGCAUCCAAAACGUAUGUCAGCCUCUUACCACAGCUGGCAGCAACAAGAGAAGGAAUGUCGACUGUUCCAAGAGCAGGCCAAGGCCAAGGAAGAAGAACUGAGGGAGAGCCGAGCCAAGAAGGCCCAGGAAGCCAGAGGGCAUUGUGGGGGAGACCCCCAAAAGACAAAGCCCAGGGGAAGGGACAGAUUUUUGUGUUUUGAAGAUAUACCCUGGCCCUGCCUUGGGGGAAGGGAUCCUGAGGCAAUGGCAGCAGCCCUGAUGGCUAGGGGCCCCCCACCCACAGAUCAGGGAGCCCUAAGGAAGUAUUUGAGGGCUCAGCAAGUUCAGUGGCAUCCUGACCGAUUCCUGCAGAGAUUUGGAGGCCAAAUUGAAGCUAGGGAAAGGGAAAAAGUGAUGGAGAUUGUGACAGCUCUGUCCCAGGCCCUCAAUCGACAUGCAGAAGGCCUAAAGUGACCCAGAAGAAAAAGACAAAGAAUGGGUACAUGAAUAAGGCAGAAAACAGGAUUCAGGGGCUAAGGACAAAACAUGGGGCCUAGAAUGAGGGGAAAAUUAGGUGUCGGGAUAGACUAAGGGGUGGGAACUAUAGAAAAGUAUGAGGCUUGAAUGAGAGCAGGUUGUGGGUUAGAGCUGAGCUGGAGCAGUCGUGGGAGGCUGCUACCACUAAAUCCCUUCUCUUCCUACUUAUUUCCUAAUAAAACAUAGUUCCUCAUCUUA